AUGAGACACUCUGGGACAUCUGCACUUCUCCUCCUGGUCUUUCUAUAUUUUGAUCAUGUUAGCCAUGCCCAACACUGGUCCUAUGGUCUGCGUCCAGGAGGUAAAAGGGUCCCUGAAACUAUCCAGGACUCAUACUCAGAGACUCCAAAUGAGGUGGCCUUGUUCACAGAACCACAACGCCUAGAGUGCUCAAUUCCCCAGAGCAGGAUCAGUGUCCUAAAAGAUGCUUUGCUAAGUUGGCUGGAUGGAGAGAACGAAAGAAAGAAAAUCUAAGAAGGAUGACAAAUGAAGAAUUCUGUGUGUGUAGCCAAG